AUGACGGUCUUCAAGGCCAUCUUGACAGAAUGUAACGCUUUCGUCAGCACGCUCAAAGGGCAAUCCGUCGAGCCGCAGCAGCCAGCAAGACUUCAGAAACGUUCAAGAAGCGAUGCAUCGAGCCUACAGUCAAAGUCGUCCAUCCGAAGCAGACGGGCGGCAGAGGCUUCGAAGGCACAUCACUGGGCAAACGGAGAUGAGCCCUUAAGUGAGCAUACGAAGAGAGACACGAUCGAUGCCGCCGUGGCCAAUAUGCUCUCUGCACCUUUUGCGACUGACAGCUCUCUACGCGCUCUCACGACCGAGCAUGUCAGCAAGCGACUAAGGAUGAGCUCAGACUCGGCAGAACCACGCAAAAGCGUCGCGCCGUCCAUGAUACGACGCGACAGUCAGCGCUCGAGCGCAUCGCGACGACGUCAGGAGGUCCUACCCAGCAUAUCGGAAACCUUCAGUGAGCCUUGCCCUCGUCUCGAUGUGUUGCGCGAGCCAUCGUCUUCCUCGUCCGUCCGAAGCCUAGCGGACGAGCUACGAGAUGCCGAGGCGAAUCGUAUCGACGUGCUCGAGCGCGAGAACGCUCGACUUAUUGAAGAACUCGAGCGAUCUCGCGAAGAAUCCCGCAUGUCAUCUGCAGCCUCGUCUAGCGUCUGCACUUGCGGACAAAGCUUGACAACCUCGCACAACCUGCUAUUUGGACUCGCGCACACCGACGCGCCGCCGCCGCCGCCGCCCAUGCCAGUUCCUCCACCUCCACCGCCCGUAGUCACAGACUCGGAUCCUCUGCAAGCACUGGCGUUAGCUCGUGCCGGUCUCAAUAGGAACAAGAACAGCCUAGACUCGCUCUCGUCGUCCGAGAAACGCGCGACUGUGCCAGUGCAGAAUAUGGGCGAAUUUCUAUCUGAACUCAAGCGGGUCAAGCUGCGCAAGUCUUCGCCGAUCGAAUCGCCUGCGGGUGAGCAUGCUGCAGAAACACAGCCGAGCGGGUUCUUAUCUGUGCUCAGACGGACCGGCAGCCUCGUGCAUAAGACGACACGAAGAGCUACGACUGAGCCACGGGAUACACUUCUGCCGCCACUACGGCAGACUCGCAGCCGUACCAUCUCAAGCGAUGCAGAGCCGCUUGCAGCCGCGACUCGCGUAAUCCGCGCAGGACAUGACCAGUACGAGCGUCGACCCUCUUCCGUCAAAGCAAAACCGGACGGAAGUCUGGCUUAUCACGUCAUCGACACUUCGGAACCUCUUAUACAGACACAAAAGCGGAGGCGCGAGCAUUCGCAAGAGUUCGCCAUCCAUCGCGACCAGCCCAAGCGUGUGCGCAGAGAGCAGAAGACGCUCGCUGCUGAUCAUUCGACGUCGAUGCUUCGCAAGCCCGAUCACAUCAUGCCUUCUCUGACGAGCAAGCAUGCAAAACCUCUUACGCCAAGUCGGCGGCGCCUCAAAAAGCGCAACCAACCUUUAGCGAUCAGACAGAAUCAGGAGCUGCAAGAAGAGAUAGCCGAAAUUGAGAUAGAGUCUGAGGAUGCAAAGGAAUUGCUCGAACAGGAGGAGUAUGUCGGCCGAGGUUCGCGACCGAGCGCACCAGACGAUGUCGUCGGCUUUGGCAACGUGCGACCACCUCGCCAAGUCAAGAGUACGAGCGGAAGAGAAUGGAGACAGCGCAGAGACGGUUCGUGGGUGCUCAAGUGA